AGAAGAGCCGGUCUGUUUAAAUAGCCACUAGGUAAAUAUUUACGUGAACGAUCACAUGGAUAUCAAGUUUAGUUUUUUUUUCCUUCUUCCAUCUUUUUUUCUGCGCUAUGGUGUUCUUCUUGGAAACUGGAGUAAUGUGCUCGUGCUGGCCUCAAAGACGGAGGCUGGCCGUGCGUUUGUAUAUUUAGUGCAUAAACUCCUUAAAGAUGAGCGCUUUUGCUUGGAGCUGCUACUCCAACAAGCCGCCUCUGACAGUCUGUGGGAUUGCCCUGUGUUCCUUUCCUGCGCAAUCUAAAUAUAAGUCGGUGACAAAUAGUCCAAAUACAGUAGCAACCCAACUGUGAUGUGGGGGUGGUGCUGAGAGAACAGCUCCGUCUCCAAAGUCCCCCCUCUGUUGGAUCCGGAGUCCGUCAGGAGAAGGUGGCAGAGAGCCUCAGCUCCCACCUGCGCUCGAUUUUUUUUCUCCCCCUCUCUUUAUUAUCAUGAAGAGACAAAACGCCAGGACUCUCGCCCUCAUCAUGAGCAUCCUCACCUACCUGGUGGUCGGAGCGGCCGUCUUCGAGACCCUGGAGUCGAAGCAGGAGAAAAGUCACAAGAGGAAGCUCGACGCCAGAAAGUACGAACUCAUGCGCAAAUAUAACUUGACCAAAGAGAACUUCGAAGAGCUCGAGCACGUCGUUUUACAGCUCAAUCCUCACAAAGCAGGGGUCCAGUGGAAAUUUGCUGGGUCCUUUUACUUUGCCAUCACUGUGAUUACGACGAUAGGUUAUGGCCACGCAGCGCCGAGCACCGACUCAGGGAAAGUGUUCUGCAUGUUCUAUGCCCUCCUGGGGAUCCCGCUGACCCUGGUCAUGUUCCAGAGUCUGGGCGAGAGGAUCAACACGUUUGUCAGAUACCUGCUGCACCAAGCCAAGAAGUGCCUGGGAAUGCGUCACACCGAGGUCUCCAUGGCAAACAUGGUGACGGUGGGCUUCUUCUCCUGUAUGAGCACCCUGUGCGUGGGGGCUGUGGCGUUCUCUCACUCGGAGGGAUGGAGCUUUUUAAAUGCCUUCUAUUACUGCUUCAUUACACUCACCACUAUUGGCUUUGGAGACUACGUGGCUCUGCAGAAAAAUGAGGCCCUGCAGAAUGACCCUCAAUAUGUGGCUUUCUGCUUUGUUUACAUCCUCACGGGCCUGACGGUGAUUGGAGCGUUCCUAAACCUGGUGGUGCUUCGCUUCCUGACCAUGAACACUGAGGAUGAGCGCAGAGACGCCAAGGAGAAGGCAUUGCUCUCUGUCAGUAAGCCCAGAGGAGAGGUGGCUCAUCUGUUACCAGUCUCAAUAUCAGCGUCCUCCACACCUGUAGCAGAUAACACCACAAAGGCUAAAGAUUUAAAAGGUGUCUACACUGAAGUGCUUCAAUUCCAGACUAUUUGCUCCUGCUUAUGGUACAGGAGCGAGGAGAAGGAGCAGGACUCCAUACCCAACAUGAUCCCUCAGGAGAUGACAUUCUCCGAUGCCUACUUGCAGCAGAACAAUGACUGCGCUCACUACAUGGAGCCCGGCUCAACAGGCUGCGUUUGCAGUCCACGUCAGUGCACGAGCAUAAGCCCAAUAUCAGGCCUACACAUUUUCUCUCCAUUCAGGAUGUUUAAGAGACGCAGCUCCGUGUAGCCUUUUCAGCACAACAGAUUUCAUUACAGCAUAAUUUGUCUAUAACUGCCAAGUGGGCAGCAGAUACUUGGCAGUCCUCAGCAAAGACAUGACUGCAAGUCGAUGUUUGUGGUGCUACAAUCCCAGUAAUCCAGAAGCAUAACGUGCAAAAAGGGAAAAAAAGCACAUAGAGUACUGUAAACAACAAGGUCUUAUACAAAUAUAUAUAUUUGAGAAGCAUCACGCAGUGUUUUUAACUGAGGUGUUAUUCGAGGGCAUCCGGUAUGCUUUGAGGAAUCCUGUAGGUGUGUCGAAAUUGAUCUGGUUCGCUACACAUGAACAAUACGUGCGCGCAGUGUGUAGGUAAGAGCAGAGGCUUCGGAGCGGUGGCACAGUGAAAGGGUGACAUAAAAAAACGAAUAAAUGAUUAAAACCUGUCAGA